AGGUCAGGAAUAUGGCAACUCUAAAAGACAUUACCAGGCGUUUGAAGUCCAUCAAGAACAUUCAGAAAAUUACAAAGUCCAUGAAGAUGGUUUCUGCAGCAAAAUAUGCAAGAGCUGAGAGGGAGCUGAAGCCUGCUAGAGUCUAUGGAACAGGAGCACUUGCUCUUUAUGAGAAAGCAGAAAUAAAGGCCCCAGAGGACAAGAAGAAGCACCUCCUUAUCGGUGUGUCCUCUGAUCGAGGUCUGUGUGGUGCUAUCCAUACAUCUAUUGCUAAAACCUUGAAGAAUGAGAUUACCAAUCUGUCAAACGCAGGGAAAGAAGUUAUGGUGGUUGGAGUAGGUGACAAGAUCAGAGGCCUACUUCAAAGGACACAUGGCAAUUACUUACUGCUGACAUUCAAAGAAGUGGGACGGAGACCUCCAAGCUUUGGAGAUGCUUCAGUCAUUGCCUCAGAGCUGUUAAACUCUGGAUAUGAAUUUGAUGAAGGCUCUGUCAUCUACAAUCGGUUCAGGUCUGUCAUCUCCUACAAGACUGAUGAAAAACCAAUCUUCUCCCUUGAAACAGUUGCUGGUUCUGAAAGCUUAAGUAUCUAUGAUGAUAUUGAUGCUGACGUACUGAGAAACUACCAGGAAUUUACACUAGCAAAUAUUCUGUACUACUCCCUGAAAGAAUCCACCACCAGCGAGCAGAGCGCUAGGAUGACCGCUAUGGACAACGCUAGCAAAAAUGCUUCUGAGAUGAUUGACAAAUUGACCUUGACGUUCAACCGUACCCGUCAAGCUGUCAUUACCAAGGAGCUUAUUGAGAUCAUCUCUGGUGCUGCUGCUCUGUGAGUACCUGUAUAAACGUGAAAUAGGAGUUGUUGCAAAGUCAUGUAAUGCUCCUACAUCCUGCUUCAGUCAGGUUAACGGGGGUGGUUAGGGCAUGUAGGUCCUGAAACCAAACGGAAGACAGUCCAUGGCAUGAAUCCCAAGUUUUCUGCUUGCGCAGUUCUACUAACAAGUGUGAAGUUUG